GAUAUCCCACAAUUCUACUCUCAGCUGCACGGUGGAGUGUGAUAGGCUGGUGGAGAGGGGGAACUGCAGCAGAGUAGCACCGCUGUCAGGAAACAGAAGCCCACUACGAAUGCACAGCCUUCUUAAAACGAGGACGGCUCGUCUGUGUGAUUUACAAUGACAACUGAAUCAGGCGCAGACUCAGAGGCCAAGCAGCCACAGGAAAACAAGGAGACGGAGAGGGGGAAAGCUAAAGCAGCAACCGAACCCACUGUGCCUCAGAACCAGCCGGAGCAGCUUCCAGCCGCCGCCGGACACAGCACCCCGGCCAGGAAAGUACAGGAGCAGGAGGAACAGGACCAGGUGUCCCACAGGUCGUCCACCAGCCGUCUGUCCAGGUCUCCUUUGAGGGGAGUGAAGAAAGUGAAGAUCAUGCAGUGUAAGAUCACCCUGCUAGAUGGCUCCGACUACACGCUCAAUGUAGAGAAACGAGCCAAGGGCCAUGUUCUCUUGGAUAAAGUCUGUGAACACCUCAACCUACUGGAAAAGGACUACUUUGGAAUCACAUACAGAGACAUAGAGAACCAGAAGAAUUGGUUGGACCCUUCCAAGGAGCUGAAGAAGCAGAUCAGGACUGGUCCAUGGAACUUUGCUUUCAAUGUGAAGUUUUACCCACCAGACCCCUCACAGCUGACUGAGGACAUCACAAGGUACUACCUGUGCUUGCAGCUGAGGGAUGAUGUGGUUUCAGGCCGGCUGCCCUGCUCCUUUGCCACCCACACGGUGCUGGGCUCAUACACAGUGCAGUCAGAGCUCGGUGACUACGACCCCGAGGAACUGGGCAGCGACUACAUCAGCGAACUGCGCUUGGCACCCAACCAAACCAAAGAGCUCGAGGAGAAGGUCAUGGAACUCCACAAGACUUACAAGGGGAUGACACCAGCUGAGGCAGAGAUACACUUCCUGGAAAAUGCCAAGAAGCUGUCUAUGUACGGUGUGGACCUCCAUCAUGCUAAGGACUCUGAGGGUGUGGAGAUAAUGCUGGGAGUGUGUGCAAGUGGCCUCCUCAUCUACAGAGACAGGUUGCGGAUCAACAGAUUUGCCUGGCCCAAAAUCCUCAAGAUCUCCUACAAGAGGAACAACUUUUAUAUAAAAAUCCGGCCUGGAGAGUUUGAGCAGUUUGAAAGCACAAUCGGUUUUAAGCUUCCAAACCAUCGUGCUGCCAAACGACUCUGGAAGGUCUGCGUUGAGCAUCACACCUUCUUCAGGCUCGUGUCUCCUGAGGCACCACCAAAGAAGUUCCUGAGCCUCGGCUCCAAGUUUCGCUACAGCGGCAGGACGCAGGCUCAGACUCGCAGGGCCAGCUCUCAGAUCAUCAGGCCAGCCCCGUUCUUCGAACGCUCCUCCAGCAAACGCUACAACAUGUCCCGCAGCUUAGAUGGAGCUCCCAUUAUGGAGAACCAUGAGACUCCGAUGAAGGACAGCACCGCUGACGGGGCAGCCAAAGUCAUUGCCAAGGGAGACAUUAUCACCACGGUAACAACAGAGAAAAAGGCAGAAGAAGGGAAGGCGGUGCAGGAGGACAUACAGAAAGAUGCCACUGAGACAGCAGAACCAGCUGCCACAACACCACUCAGACACGACACAAAGCGCUCCCCUCAUAUAUACACAACCGACCCCCUCCGCUCUGAGCUCUCACUCCCCUCAUCUCCUGUUUCAUCAACCAAAGUGCGACGGAGGCGCAGGGAGAACGCUCGUAAGCGGGCUUCGUCAGUCAGUCCGGCCAAGAGCAGCACUGGGUGCCGCCGCCGGCAGGCCCACGCAGACCGCGAAGCCGCCCUGCUGGAGGAACAAGCGUUGCUGCUCUCGGCACGCAAGCAGAGGCUGGAGCAGGGCAAGCGCCGCGGCGGCACACUCUUCUCCUUCUCCCUGCAUCUGCCCGACCUGUCCUCCAUCCUGGACGAGGAUGGCUACAUCACCUUCCCCGAUCUUUCCGAGAUGCGCUUCCUCCCCGUGUGCGCACAGAAUUUCCUUCCCAUCAAGUCACCGUCACUCAUACCCUGCUUCCUCUUCAUCUUCUUCUUCCUGCUUUCCACCUCCUUUUCUGUCCCCUACGCCCUCACCCUCUCCUUCCCACUGGCGCUGUGCCUCUGCUACCUGGAGCCCAAGGCAGCCUCCCUGACCGCCUCCAUAGCCCAGGGCUACCAUGACCAUGACAGUUCAGAGGAAGAGGAGACUGACAGCGAACAAACUGACUUUGCCUUUGACGGAGAGAUGACUGCCACGGAGUCGGAAGCAGAUGAGGACUCUGAGACGCGGACUCAGUAUAGUUUCAUAAGAAGAGCAAAAGGGGAAAACCUUUUUAUCAGACAUAGUAAUCUGAUGCUAGAGGACACGGAGCCUCCGCAGGAGGUGGUCAAACACCAGACAAACAUCAGCGAACUGAAACGCUCCUUCCUGGAAACCGGUGGCAGCAGCUCGCCAGGUCUGACAGAAUGGGAGAAGAGACUUUCCUCGUCCCCUCUGCGCUCUCCCAGAGCGGAUGAAGCACCGAUGAUCGAGCCGCUGGAGCCGCAGGACACUAAAGAUGAGGAGCCAGCCGGAGAGGAAGCAAAAGAGGUGGUGGGACUUAAAGGCAUCGAGGCAUCAGGAUAUCUGGUGAAAUAUGUGGCCGACAGUAUCGUAACAGAAGGGGCCACAUCCUCAGGGCCUCACGGGAUUAGUUUGUCAACCACUAUGGACGACGACGUCUUCAUGGACGGGACCCUGAGGGAGGAGGCACAAGAGAAAACCCCAGAUUCCCAGGAGGAGAUGUCGGAGAAGUCAGUGGUGAAGGUCAGCCCUGGAGCAGUGAGACAGGAAGUGUCUCAGGCCAUCAGCGACAAGAAAGGCACGCUCAUCAUCUUGAAGGAGGCGGACGAUAAUCCAGACACUGAGGGCAAAGAGACAAGUGCUUUGGUUGAAAACGAGGAGCCUGUUGUCCUGGAAGGGUUGGACGUUCACAAGAAUGAAUUGCUAUCCGCAUUUAAAGAGACAGAAACUCUCGACACUGUUUUAGGAGGCCAAACUGAAGUAGUCAAGAUAAUAAUUCCCAAGUUGGAGAUAAAAACUGAUGACAUCACUCAGACUAAAGGUAUUGACUCUCCUAAAAAGGCCAUGGCAUCAUGGAUUUCUGAGGAGGUGAAAACAGAGGCAUCCAAGGUCUGCAAAAGUGAAUCUGCAAAGGAAGUAAAAGAGAUGGAGACGACCGAUGGAGAACCACAGAAAGUAGAAAUCUUCACCUUUGAAGAAGUCCAGUCCGAGCACCAAAAGUCCAACCUAACUCAGAUUACAGUUUCUGAAGCUUCAGCUGCAUCUUUAGCAGUGUCUACGCUGGGAUGGGUUUCCUCCUCUCAAAAGGCAUCAAAUGAUCAAGAGGAGAAGGCAGUGGUUGCCAAGGAAACAGAAGCAGAGCCAGCCAAGUCAACAGGGCCAACGACUCCGGACAGCAUGGAGGUGACUGCCAAAGACGUGCCUGUGGUCCACACAGAGACAAAAACCAUUACCUAUGAGGCUGCAGAGGUUGACACUAAUGGUGACGCAGACCCCGGGGUGUUGCUGAGUGCUCAGACCAUCACCUCGGAAACCACCAGCACCACGACAACCACACACAUUACAAAGACGGUGAAAGGAGGAAUAUCAGAGACGAGAAUUGAGAAAAGAAUCGUCAUCACUGGAGAUGCAGACAUAGACCAUGAUGAGGCUCUGGCUCAGGCCAUAAAGGAGGCUAAAGAGCAGCAUCCUGACAUGUCAGUGACCAAAGUAGUAGUACAUAAAGAGACAGAGAUCACGCCAGAGGACCGGGAGGACUGACCCAGGAAUAACACAGAGGGCUACUUUCAGUUCCACUUCCCAGAACCAAACGUCCACAACUCCACAUUUUACGUCGGGACUCUCAGAAUACUAGAAAGGUUCCUACUCUCCAGAUGCUGCAGCUCGCUGCCAGUCACAAACAUCACCUGCAAAGCAAAUAGAUGCAUUCUGCAUGAGAACGACGCAAUGCUGCAUUAUCAAACUAAAUGCAAGAUCAUACUGAAAACCGUCUGAUUUCCAAAAGGUUCUCGACACGUCUGCAAGCCGAAUCCCUGUGUGCAGCCAGCAUACUGUUUGCUUUCACUGCCUUAUGACUGACGCAUUUUUAUGAUUAUUGAGAAUAAUUAUUGUAGCAACAUUUUAUUUAUGAAAUAAAGCCAUCACUCCAGAAACUUAAAAUUGCUGUAGGCUGUACAUGUUAGAGAGCAUACACUAUUUAACCUUGCUGUAGAAGUGCCAACCUCAUUGCUUCACUCCCUUACACAACACAAAUGAUUUUCCAUCAGGUAUGUCACUACAGAAAUUACUACAGCUCAGCAUUGUACAUAUCAAAGCUUUCCUAGAAAUAGCUAAUUAUCUUUCAUGGUUGAUUUGUGUCAUGUCUUUUUGAAUUUAAUUUUCCUUUUCACUGUAAUUUCUGUGUUUUUAUUAUUUCUCAUCAGUUGCUUUUACACCAUUGCUAAAUGUUACAAGGUCUGUUUUCGUAAAGACCAUGGAAUCCAACAGAUAAGGUUUUUACAUGCCCGUGCAGGCUAUGAAUGUUAUCCAGGGUAGAAGACGGCUGCAGCACAAAUCUCAGGUUUGUGUGACUGUGAGGCAAAGAGCUCAGACAACCGAGCUCUGCCCAAACUAGAUGCAAAGCAGAGAAAGAUCUGUAACCACCCAAACCAUCAUCAACAUGUCCGCUGUAUUCUGUUCAAAUGUAUCUGAGUUGUGUUCAUGUACAGCCAUGUUCUUCCACAGAAUGGCGAAAUAAAUGUGACAAAUGCAUUUACUCUUUAUUUGCCCUUUUCCUCUGAAAUAAUAAAAAUGAUCACAGUACCACAA